UGCCACUUGGAGUGAUUUCAAGGUGGUGAUUUUUUAAGUACUUUUUUGACACUUUUUCUGACCUUUCUGCUAACCCUCUUUUCAUUCAAUUUCUUCCAUAAAAUAUAUUGGUGUUGUUUUUAUUUUAUCAGUCUCUUUGGCGAAUCCUGAAUAUCUUCGAUGCACUGAACUUGCGUUGAGUCAAUAAUCAGUAGCCCACUGUUGAAGGGUUUUAAAUUUUAAAAGUGUUUUUCGCAUUUUCUGUUGUUUACUGCUCCCUUCGUGUUUCUAUGAAGAUCGAGGAUUUUUGGAGCUGUACGUGAUCAUGAACACUACGUUCUCUGACCGUGUUCUGCAGGACAUCACCAUCCUGGGCGAUGUGGAACGGACGCGUAAGCCGUGGUCCGUCGUACUGGCUGAUCAUCUGGAGGGCUUUUUAACUGGCGUCCAGACUCUUAACACCAUCAGCUCCGUUUUUGAAAAGGAUGGUCAGAACAUUGGCCUAACCGAUGCGGCUGUCGUCCUGAGUAAUAUCGGUCAUGUCUGGUGUCGUCAGGUGGAAGAUACAGCGCAUAUCGCCCAACGCACCAUUGAUCUACUCGACAACCUUGAUUACCACAAAGAAAAAGAAAAAGACCCGAAGGCUUCCAAACCACGCCGCAUCAACGUGCACCCUCUGACUCUGCCGAUCAGCGAUCUGAAUUCCGACACGGAAAAUGUGUUACCUUUUCAUCCCGACCCCAAGAUCCCUCCCCAUCGUUUUCUGGUUAAAGAAAUUCCUAAAAUAUCUCAAGAAAAGUAUCUAGCUCCCAGUGAUCCGUGUACGCUGCCCUUAAUGGACAGCGAAAAAAUCCGCUCGUACUACGAUGAUCGUGGAAAUAAAGGCCGGGAUUGGGCGGAAUUCAAAGUCAACACGUUACCACUAAAUCGCGAGGGAUACUAUCCAUUGGAAAAUGCUCCCGGGUGGAGUCAGAUACCAUUGGCCAAGCGGCGGUACACGUUCAGUGUCAUGCCGGAAGUCGUACAGGAUCUUGCAAAGGAAGAUCUCGAAGAGACACUUCUCCAGCAACCAGAAACGCAUGACAUGGAUGCUGAUGACGCACCAGUUGAUCAUACACUUCCGGAGCAUGAUGCAGGCGUACCUGUAGUUCCUGCUCUGGGCCCCAUACUUUUUAAGCAGUUAAAAUCGUCCAAGUCUAGCAGUGCCGAGUUUCGACCGAUCACAGACCUGCGUGCCUUAAGCAGAACCAAACAGCUGGACGGAAUUCCUACGGCACCUGUUGCGUCAAAUCCUCAGACACCAUAUAAAUGUCGCAACAAGCGCAAAGCCAUUCCGAAACCACUGGAAGCGAGUCAAGUUGAAGUGGAAUUCUUUAAAUAUUUCUGGGAUAUUUCGACACAGCAGAUGAAUUUGGAGUUUAUUAUGCAGCGUGACAAUAUGCGGCUGCGCAGAGUGGAGGUGACCAAGAGGGAGCCCAGAAAAAAGGCAGUCAAAACAGUACGCUUUGAAAGCGUGACCCCGAUGGAGCCAGUUGCUGAAGAAGUCGAGCAGAAAGUAGCCGGUAACGACGGAGAGAUUCUGGUGAAUGAUGAAGCGGGCAACGAAACCCUUACCGGAAAGAAUAAUUCAGAUAAUGCGGUGGAUGAAGUUGCGGAAUAUGUGGAGACAGCUGAACCGUGCCUGAAUGUUACCGAGUUCAAUCUUGAUGACCUUUACCUGGUCCCCGGCGCGUCAAGAGGUGACGCCUUCAACAAGUUAAAUUUUACGCUAAUGGCGCGUCCUGCUCAUACCACUCAGUUCCUGGAAAAUCUCGACGCCAGCCUUUCGCACGAAUCAUCGCUUUUGGAGCAAUGUGAGUUUUUGAACAAUGAUAAUCAGAAUUGGGAGGCCCGCUUAGAGGAAUUCCUCGAAGAACAUGAACCAGCCACGGCUAACUUCAACGUGGAAAGUGUCGGACAGCGGCUUAUGGAGGAUUAUCAGAGAAAAGGCAAGCAUUCGACACGAACAACGUUGUCGGAUGUGAUUAGAGGCCGCGGAUCGGUGGGCGAAGUGGGACAGAGAUUCUUGUCUUUUUUGGAUUUGGUCAAUAAGAAGAUUGUGGAAGUGGAAACGAAAGAGAAAACGAAGAAAGCGGAAACAGAAAUCUCGAAGCUUAGUCAGACCUUGGAACAACUUAGUAUUAAAGUGGUGCAUAAAGCGGGAUGAACUUCUGCCGAGUUGGGGAAUCGUGUCGCUGGAUGACGAAGGCGGUGAAUUUUUCUUCUUGCUUGCAUACGCGUCGUUUUUGGGAUGCUCAAUUGAAAUUUUGAAUGGGCUGGAUUGGGAAGUUGUACAAAAGUUUUUGUUUUCUUUAUUUAUGCAGUCUGAAAAAGUACUAUUUGAUAUUUCGUUAAGCACCUUUUAAACUUCUGAUUUACUGGUAUGACCUUGUAGAUCCCGUUCGCUUUGACGUGCAGACUGGUGUUUAAAUUUGCAUACUUGUAGUUUUUUGGCUGCUGUUGUUUGCCUGUUGUGCUUUACCUUUUUCAAAGAUGUGCGCGGAAUCAGCGUCCUUUUUCAAAGCCGUUACAUCAUGCUGCACAGGCAUAUGCCACAGCAAUAAAGUUUUGGGAUUCGAAGUUGUGAUGGCGACCGGCGGAACUGUUUUUAAUGUCGUAAAUAGUCGUUUG